AUGUCCUCAACAUUUGAAGAGAAAGGCAGCGAGCUUGCUGAUCUGAAGUCUUUAUCAGUUCCGUCCCGGGUGAAGGCCUUCUUUUGGGGUAGACCUCCAAAGGAUCCAAAAGAAAGAAAACUCUUACUCAAGAUUGAUUGUCUUGUUAUGACAUAUGUGUGCUUGAAUUAUUGGAUCAAUUAUGUGGAUAGAAGCAAUUUGGCCAAUGCAUACGUUUCCGGUAUGAAAGAAGAUUUAAACAUGGUCGGUGAUCAGUAUAACAUCAUCAAUACUUGCUUUACUGUGGGUUAUGUCGUGGGUAUGAUUCCAAACAACUUAAUAUUACUAAAAGUACCUCCCCGUUACUGGUUAUCUUUCUGUUCUUUGGCCUGGGCAUUGUUAACCCUUGGUAUGUAUAAGGUUAGCUCAUACCAUCAACUUUGCGCUAUUAGGUUUUUCCAAGCUAUAUUCGAGAGUUCAACUUUCUCAGGGACUCACUUAAUCCUUGGAUCAUGGUAUAAAGAAGAAGAAAUCAACACCAGAAGUGCCACUUUCACCAGUAGCGGGCUGGUUGGCUCCAUCUUUUCGGGUUUCAUGCAAAGUGCCAUCUACAACAACAUGGAUGGUAAGAAUGGUAUUUCAGGAUGGAGAUGGCUUUUUAUCAUUGACUUUAUCAUUACAAUCCCAAUUUGUGUGUACGGCUUUUUAUGCUUUCCUGGUUUGCCCGGUAAGUCCAAGCCAAGCUGGGUAUUUUCUCAGGAAAACCUGGAUAUGGCAAAGGCUCGUUUACCACCUAGAGAGGAAACAAAGCUAGAUUGGUCAGUUUUCAAAAGAGUUGUAGGAAGAUGGCACUGGUGGCUAUUCAGUUUGUUAUGGGUGCUUGGAGGUGAGAAUGAAUCAUUUGGAUCCAACUCUCUACUAUCUUUAUGGUUGAAAUACAACAAUUAUUCAGUCGCUCAAAGAAAUCAUUACCCAAUGGGAAUCUUUGGGGUUGGUAUCACAGCGACGUAUUUCAGUGCCUUGUAUGUCGAUCAUACUCGUGGGAAGAACCAUUGGCAUAUCGCUUUAUUGAUUAGCGCCACACUGGUUGUGGUCUCUAUUAUGAUUUUAGCUAAACCUCUCAGCGACGGUGUUAUGUUCACGGCUCAAUAUCUAUCAGGUAUUUCUUACGCAGGGCAAGCGAGUUUCUUCGCUUGGGCUAAUGUUGUAUGCAGGCGGGAUAUGCAGGAGCGUGCCGUUGUCUUGGCGUCUAUGAAUAUGUUUUCUGGUGCGGUUAACGCGUGGUGGUCUUUAUUAUUCUACGCCGCUACAACAGUUCCAGAGUUCAAAAAGGGCUGUUAUGCGAUGCUAGCCACGACCAUUUCCGCUGGUUUUGUUGCUAUCGCCAUCAGGUAUUUGCAGGUAAGGGAAGACAAGCAAGCCAUUCUCGAUAAACACGAUAGCGAAAUGGGACAAAUCAGCUAUGAAAAUCCAACUGAAUCAGACGUGGUAGUUGAGAAACACAAGGUAGUUUCUGGUGUAGAUACUGUGGAGAGUGAUUGA